UGCUAUCCUUGCUAGCUUGAUUGUGGGGGAAACUUUUUCCAGGGAGCGCGCGCUCCUCCUCUCCACGCUACAGACCUGCAGCCACAUCAGCGGGACGCUUUUUCAAGAAACUACCGCUCCGUUAAAUAAUCUUCUCUUCGUUAACUGGCGGGUUUUCUGUUCCGGUUUUGCCGCCGAUUAUCUGCGAGCACUCGGAGGGAUUAACCGGGAGGACAGCGGAGGGAUGGCGCGGUCCCUUUAAAGUUGAAAGCUCAAAGAGAAGCUGAAGCUGCCGGCGGCGGCAGGCAGGCAGAGCGGCUCCUCCGGUGCUCCCACCGCGCUAAGCGAGCGGCUGUCCCCGCCUCAGAGGCCAUGGGCUGCGGCUUGCGGAAACUGGAAGACCCGGAGGACAGCAGCCCCGGGAAAAUCUACUCCACCUUGAAGAGACCACAAGUGGAGAGCAAAACGGAGACUGUGUACGAGUAUGUGCUGCUAGACUUCAGUUUGGAAGGUAGCCGUCCUACGGUGCAGUAUGUGGCCUCACUUUCCGAGCUGCCCCAGGCCCUGCAGCCCUACUACACACAAGGCUACGUCCUGUCCGCCUUGCACCCCAUCAUCCUGUCUGUGGGCCGAACCCGCUCGCUGCCCUUCAGCCUGCUCUACCGCGCCAUCCUGGCCCGUCCCAGACCCAGUAAGCAGACGGCGUCUAUGUGCCACAGUGUGCCAGUGUUGAAGGUGGAGGAGUGGCCGUUACCUGGAGACUCGCUGACGUGUGACACAGUCAGAGCGCUCAUUGACAGGGUGAACAGCAGUGCUCGGGGGGGCGUUCGAUUCGUUGGCUCGGUCCUCCAGCAGGUGAGCGGGAUAACCAAUGGCAGGGUGCACAGUCCGAAGAGGGGCUGUCGCUCCCCUCCACGCACCCCUCCUGGUACGCCGCCUGGAGACCGAGAGCUGGAGGACAACACCUACAGUCCUGACUUGAGGUUGCUGGUCUUCUUCCACUCCUGGGCUCCGGGCUGUGCUCCUCUGGACUCGCUGGCCUGUCAGUACCACCAGGGGGCGCUCUCCAUGCGCGUUUCCAGGAAGGGCCAGGUGGUCAGCUCCCUGGAAGCUGAUUGGCUGGAGCUGACUGCCGCCUACUACCGGAAAGGCUGGUCGUUGGUGGACUCGUUCGUCUACUGGGACACACCUAAAGGCGAGCCAGUUCCCAGAUCACUGGAGGGGUUGUUUGUGUAUGAGGAGAGAAGCAGCUCUCCUCCUGCCAAUGACACCAUCGUCGUCGAGCAGUGGACUGUCAUCGAGGGCUCCAAUGUAAAAACCGACUACGGGCCCCUCCUUCACACUCUGGCAGAGUUUGGUUGGCUACUCACAUGUGUGCUGCCCACUCCCAUCAUCCGACACGACAGUGAUGGGAAUCUGGCCACAAAGCAGGUUGUGUUUCUCCAGAGGCCGGUCAGAGGUCAGGCAGCAGGACAACCGAGGAACCAGGCUUUGUCUCUGCACAGCGACGUGUCCAGCCGCUCUGUUAGUCGCGCGGUCAGCAGCCCCGUCCCUCAGGAGGAGCUGUCUCCAACCGCUGGAGGCAUCGGGGGCUUCCCGGUGUUCGGAGGGGGGUAUCCCAGCGCCCUGUCCCAGCUGGAGGAAGGUGGCUUUGAGCAGGAAGAGGGGAAAGCUGAAGUCACCUGUAUGUAAGCAGGAAAACAGAAGGAUGCAGCUUCCAUCGUGGAGUCAAGUUGAGGAUUUAAACGUUGCUGGAUUACUGAAGAGAUGAUCCAAGGAAAAUUGUGUGAAUUCGGGAAAGACUAUUCAUUGGCCAUCAUGUUCAUGACCCCUUCCUUUUAACAGAGACUUUAAUGUAGAAGAACGCCGCACUUUUUAAAAUGUUUAAUUAAGCCAUAAUGAGAAUGAGGUCUUAUUUAGAAGUGGAUCAAUGUCCAAACUUUUAUACAGAUUUGUUGGGGAGAGAAACUAGUCCAUGAGGAGACACUUUACACAUAUUUAAAUCCAUUUUUAGGGGAUUUUUUUUUUCCAACCUCCGAUCAGUUCAGGUGCUCAUGGAAAAUGUGUUACAACUAUACUAUAAAGCACAAACACUUGCACAGAUUUCCGCACAUUUUGGUAGUAAAAUGAGUAAAAUACUUUCUUUUUACUCACACGUCUCACAAUUUUGAUUUGUGUUCCUUCAUGACUUCACUUUGGUGUUUUUUUUUAAUUUAAUUUAAUUUUUUUUUUUUUACAUCUCUUCAACCUUUUUCUUCUCCCUCCAAGAUGUUUCAACAACUCCCCCCUCACCUUCUUGUGUGUCAGAGACACGGGUCAGGCAGUGCUUUGUCCUCGCAGCUCCUCUCCUAUAGACUGAGGCAGGAUGUGAAUAUUAACCCCCCUGGCCUCAGUGAAGGUGCUGGCUGCCUAAAUAGCACAUUUGUACAGUAUUUCUUUGAGGAGGGUCUGGAGGAUUUUAGUAUCAUCAUUUGUGACAUGCAAGCGAAGGAGCACACACCCUCCUAAAUUUAGUCUGACUGGUGCCAUUUCUUAAUCAUUCUGGAAAUGGUUACGGCUUAUGAUGCAUAUGUUUGAAAGUAUUAUUUAAUAUUUGAUGGUAUCGGUGUACAUGUUACUUUCUUAAGUCAAAACUGCAAAUUGCUACUUACUGCUUUACAGUUUAUAUGGUACUGGCAUUACACCUGCUACCUUCUCUGUAAUGGAGGAAGUUCUUCAGAGACAAACGCAUUAUUAUAUUGACACGAUGACGACUGUAUUUUUUAAAGGGGAACUCCACCGAUUUUACACAUCAAAAUCUGUUUACAGGUCUUGUGGAGUGCUACUGCAUAUGUGGGAAAAGUUGUAUGAAGCCUUUAGUGGCUCCAGAGGGAGCUGUGAGAAGUCUGAUAAAUUGAGUGUCGGUUGGGUCUGAAGACUGCGAGUUUGAAAAUGAAAAACAAUCUGUUGGUGUGAAGUUAAAAAGAUGUGAGCUUACCAGACCUCUGCAGCCCGCUGCUCAUCUCUGCUGCAGGCCAGAGGAUCCAGGCUACUUUAGCCGCUACUAGCAUAACACACCUGAAUCUGCGGUUGAGUUGCAUUGUGGGUAAUGUAGGCGCCAGGUUUUGACAAGGAAGAAGAAUGUGUGGAAUAAAAAAAGACGAUAUCUCUGGUUCUGUUAAGAUUUUGAAUUUGAGAGUUGUAGGAGUGCAAACGCUAAAUCGGUGGAGUACUGUUUUAAUGCUAUGAAAGGGAUACAAUGCUGUUGUAUAUAUCUUAGAUGUUAGUAUUCAUAAUUGCAAAUUUGCUUUUCAGCUACUUGUGAUGCAUGUUAUUUUGCUUUGAAAGGGAUCAAAUGCACCGAAAGUAUAGUUUCGGUAUUCCAGUAAUGUACACGCUGCCCGGGUUUGUGUCAUACCCCAUCAGGGUUUAUUAAAUGUCAGUAUUAAUAUUCCAGCCUUUCAUUUUUGGAGAGUUGUACAUUUUGCUUCAUUUGUUGUUGUUUUUUUUUUUAAUAUUGUAUUAAACAUAUGUGCCAUGGUUUGAGUCAUGUCCCAUUAACAGCAUCUUCUACAGUGUUCAUUACCGUUAUGAGUCAUUCCAGUCUUUAAUUAAUCCUGACAUGAACAUCACUGAAUAACAUUAAAAAUAUCCACACACCCA